GCAGCGUGCGCAGGUGCGGGGUGGGCGCGUGAGGACCGAGCCGGCGCACCCGGAGAGUGCCUGGACUGUGCGAGUGUGAGGGCCUCCAGCCAGAGCGGUGGACUGGAAGGGACAGGACGUCUGAGUGAGGGACAGUGAAGUGUGCAGCGAGACAGACGUGUCAACCCGCACUCGAGCGAGUUUGUGCACGAGAACUCGCGAGUGGCGGAGUGUACCGCGGAGUUUGCGGGCACAGGAGAGACGCGGAGAGGACUUCAGGGUAACGCGGUGACAGUGGAAGUGGAACACCAUGACCGGCGGGGGAGGAGAGAGACUGUGGGCCGGCAAGAGCCGGUUUGAGAAGCGCCCUCCGUCGCGCACUGAAGGAACACUCGGCCUGUCGACGGGACAAAAGUCCCCCUCGGAGAGUGGCUCGGGGAAGGGACGCGAGGCGGCGGGCCGAGAUGGUCGCGUGCGGCGCGCGGUGAAUCUCUUCACCUCCGGUCAGCGAGGCGCAGAGAGUUCGCCGGCCGCCGAGCCUCGCCCGCCGCUGCAGAGCCGCAUCUCGGGGAUGCUGCGGCGGCACCUGCUGCCCCGCCAGCCGUCCUUCAGUGGCCGGGAGGAGGCGGCGAGAGGCCGUCCGCCGCCGCUCCUCCGCAGCGCCUCCGAGCUGACCGGGCCGCCCGUGCGCCGGCCGCCGCAGCGCAGCGACUCACUCUCCAGACACGAUAUCACGCGCAAGUCGAUCCGGCGCAGCAAGUCGUCGGUGGGGGACAGCCAGAGACUGCGGCCGACCCCGCCGCCCCGGCCGCCACUUCUGGGGUCGUCCUUAUCUCCAGCAGCGUCUAACAAGUCAUCUUCGUCGGCAGCAUCUUCGCCGACAUCUACGACCUCACCGACGCCGCCCCGGCCGCCUCCGCGACGCUCCUCGGCGCAGCAGAGCCGGACCGCGACCCCCGCUCAGCCUGAGGUCUCCAAAGGUCGGGCGGCCACCCCGGCGGCUUCCCGGCGAGUACCGGCGGCGCGCAACUCCGGCGCCGCUCAGACCGCGGUGAACGGCUCCGUGGUCGGAGGCUCGCCGGCUCUGCGCAGCGUCAGCUCGGUCAGCGGCAGGCGGGUGACGGCCAGUGUAUCACCCUCGACGGGACCGACACCCACCGCGCGCACCCGCGCCCGUGACGACGCCGGUAGCGGCGGCAGCACGGCCCUCUGCGUCAGGCAGGGAGGCGAGCAACACCGCAGAUACAGCCGGCACCCGAGUAUCGCGCACCCGGGUCACUGUCACCGCUCCGGCGGAGGGUGA